CUUCUUUUUUCCAUCACAGGUGCUCUGGGCUCUUACACAGUAGUGGAAGGUGUGGUGGGUCACCCUGUCACACUGCCAUGUACUUACUCAACACUUGAGGGAGUCACUACCACAUGCUGGGGCCUUGGUGAAUGUCGAUCUGUUUAUUGUGCUAGAACGCUUAUCUGGACCAAUGGAUAUCAAGUCUCCUAUAAGAGGAGCAGCAGAUACCAGCUAAAGGGGCAUAUUUCAGAAGGAAACGUGUCCUUGACAAUAGAGAAUGCUGUUCAGAGUGACAGUGGUCCAUAUUGUUGUAUAGUGGAGAUUCCUGGAUCUUUCCGUUAUGUGACCUAUUCCUUGGAAAUUAAACCAGAAAUUCCCACAAGUCCUCCAACAAGACCCACAACUACAGCAAGACCCACAACUAUAGGAAGACCCACAACUACAGCAAGACCCACAACUACAGGAAGACCCACAACUACAGCAAGACCCACAACUACAGGAAGACCCACAACUACAACAAGAUCCACAGCUACAACAAGACCCACGACUAUUUCCACAAGACCCACCCAUGUACCCACAUCACCACGAGUCUCCACCUCUACUCCUCCAGCACACACGCAGACUCACACACCAG